AUGUGGUGUGAGCCGGGCCGCUGCCUCGCCUGGCCCCUGGGACAAGCACAGCAGCGUAUGAAACCGCUGACUCUUCCUUCACCUCUUCCGUCAGUUCUGCCUUCCUCCCUUGAUCCAUCUUCUCGCCCAGGCCAGCCAACCUCCUUCCUGCCUCCCUCGCUUGUCCCUCUGCCUCCGUCUCCUUCCCUUGCCCUUGCCCCUCCCUCCCCUCCGCCCUCCCCCCCAUAUCCACCACUCUCCACCUCCAUCACAACCCCACCACCACCUUCACUUUCACCUUCCUUCAACACCUCCCCCGCCUCCUCCACCACCGCCACCACGCCUCUCCCACACAACUCCCCUGCGGCGGCUACUCCCUCCCCGCCCCCAAGAACUCCUCUGAGCGGGAAUCAGGGGAGUGAGUGGAGUGGAAAAGGCCAGCCCAGGGAAGUCACUCUGAAAGAAGUGUGGAAAGCUACUGGAAGGAAUGGAACUGAGCCCACCACCACCACCACAACCACCACCACCACCACCACCACCACGGGGCUCACACGGGGAUUUGUUGAGGUGGUUGUGGUACUCCUCGCCUUCGUCUCCAGCGCCGCCGCCUCCUUCAAGUUGAAACCCACCACCACCGUGACGCACUUCACUCUGGCCGGCGCCCCUGGACGCCUGCCGUGUGAGCUCCCCGUCCCCGCCGACCGACCCACGCUUAUUCUGUGGUACAAGGGCGAGAGCACCAAGCCCUUCUACAGUUUCGACGCCCGCGAGGCCUCGGCGGGACAUCACAAGGUGCACGAGAACUCCAGCCUCGGCAGACGGUCUCGCUUCAGCCUCGAGGCGCUCCGGCAGAACCUUCAGACGCGCGUUGGCUUCCUGGAGGUGAAGGACGUAACUCUCGCGGACGCCGGCAAUUACACGUGUCGGGUUGACUUCAUGACGUCACAGACCAUGAUGAGCCUCGUCCGGCUACACGUGCACGAGGAGGUCCGCGGUCUCGAGAUCUUUGACAGCGACGGGAAGUUGAUCCGAGACGAGGUGGAGCCGCGCCUGCUGUCCACCCGCCUCAGACUGUCCUGUCGAGCGUACGGCGGUCACCCUUUGCCCGAGCUACGGUGGGUCUCAGACGGCCAGGAGCUCACGUACCCAAGAAUCACGCCGCUGCUCAACGGGCCGGUGCAGCUCAUCAGUGGCCGACCCGUGUCUAUCGAGGUGCUGGAGCUACCCACGCUAACGCGGCAGGACGAUGGGCGAAGGCUGCGCUGUGAGGCCAGAAGCACCAACCUAACGCUGGGUUUGCAUAAGGAAGUCACCGUCACCAUGUACUUGCCGCCGCUGAAAGUGGAGAUCCUGGACGUGGACAAGCCGCUUCGUGCCGGCGUGAAAGCGGCUGUGAGGUGUCGCUCGACGGGGUCCAAACCGCCAGCUUCCCUCACCCUCACUGUGGAAGGCUCCUCUAGGCUGGAGACUCAGCUCACACAGACGACACCAGACCGGAACAUAACCACGAGGCGAGGCGAGCUAUGGCCCACUGCGGACGACAACGGGAGGAUGGUGGCGUGUACGGCGGCCAACCCAAUGGUGCCUGUCUACACCCUCACCGAUGAAGAAGCUCUCAACGUGCAUUUCCCCCCCGAGGUACAGGUUCGCCUGGCCCCCGCGCUGAACCCUCGCAACAUCAGGGAGGGCGAGGACGUUUACUUCGAGUGUCACAUCAGAGCCAACCCGCCCGAGACCCGCGUCCAGUGGCUGCACCAGGGUCGCCCGCUGUCCACGGUGCGGGAGCUCGGCGUGCUGGCUCAGGGGAGAAACCUGGUGUUGCAGCAAGUGAGUCGCCACGCCGCGGGGGGCUACCAGUGCACCGCCACCAACGCCAUCACCACCGUCACCAGCGCCCCGGCCGCCCUCGACAUCAUGUUCGCCCCGCAGUGCCGCCAGCCCAGCAAUGUUACCGUGUCCGUCACUGCCAUGGACGAGGUGACGCUGGACUGUGGCGUGGAAUCCAACCCAGAGGAGGUCGGGUUUAAGUGGCAGGUGAACAGCAGUCGCGGGGUGAAGGACCUCCCCGCGUCUACCUUCACGUCUAAGGGCAGCACCAGCAGGCUUGUGUACCGGCCCCAGGAGCACGGCCACGCCCACGAACAGCGCCGCGUCGUGUUCUGCCUAGCCUCCAACAAGAUAGGCCAGCAGAAGGUGCCCUGUGUCUUUAUCGUCACGCCUGCAGGUCCUCCCGAAGAGCCGGUGUCCUGCGCAUUGGUGAACCACAGCGCCUCAACCCUCGCCGUGGCCUGUGUCCCUGGCCAUGACGGGGGGCUCCAGCAAGUCUUCCAUACCACGGUCCAGGACGCCGCGACUCAUGAGGUGGUUGCCAAUGUCACCUCGGCGACGCCCUCCUUCAGCGUGGCGGGCCUGGCCCCGGGGAGAGACUACCUCCUGCUGGUGACGGCGGCCAACGAGAAGGGCCGAUCCUCCCCCUACAUUAUACAGGGGUUCGCGCUCAAGGUCGCCGAGAACAAGAUCAACAGCUCCAGGAGCGUGGAGGCCACCCCGCACCUGGCCGUGUUCGUGGGCGUCGUGAGCGGCUUCGUCUUCAUCGUAGCUGUUUUGGCCGUGGCGGCGCGUUCCAGAUACCGCCGCCGCCCCCGUCCGGACGCGUGCCCGGACAAUCACAAACUGCCCGACGGUGAUGAAGCGCCACCGUCACCAUCCACCAAAGCUUCCCUGGACGAGGCGGAGGAAGGCGAGGACGAGGACGAUGACCCCAGUGCCCCGGAAUCACCUGGAGGAUUGCUGGAGCCAAAGGAGGGUCCUGGAAGCCCGACCAAAGCCUUCAGAACCUAUGUACCCAGCCAGACGCAGCAGCAGCCACUUCAUCCCCCCGGGGCAGCCGCCAACCACAAGUACUACAAGAUCAAGAUUGACUGCGCGCGACUCAACAAGGAAAGUUUUGUUUAGAGCCGCCAGACUGUGAAAGCCGCACAACUCAAGGACUCUUCAGGUGUGCAAGGAGAGGAGGAGGAGGAGGAGGAGAAGUGACAGCUUUUUUUUUUUUUUACUUUUUCUUCCUUUGUUUCGUGAGGGGAGGGAAAGGAAAGGGAGAAAAGAAACAUGGGAAUAGGAAAGGAAGGAAGGAGGAGGAAAGAGGAAAGGACAAUGAUAGAGGAGAGAGAUAGGAAGCUGAGAGAGGAAGAGGGAGAAAGGAAGGUAGAAAAGAGCAUCACAGAAGACAGAGACAAGGCGAGAGGAAAACAGGGAGAUGGAGGGGAAGGAGAGGGAAAGGUAGGGGAGGGUGAAAGGGGUGAGGCGUCAGGGCAUGCUGGCUCACCUGACUAACUCACCCCCUCGCCCUACGCUCUCACCUGACUGACUGCCUGGAGGGGUUGCAGCUCUUUUUUCUUCAUAUCCUCCCUCUCUCCCUUCCUUCCCUCCUUCCUUCCUUCCUUCCUUCCUUCCCUCCUUCCUUCCUUCCCUCCUUCCUUCCUUCCUUCCUUCCUUCCUU